GCAAGUGAAAGCAGCAGCGGCUCAGCCAGCUCUGUCAUAUGGCAUCAUGGCGGAGGGUCAGAGCAACAACCAGCACAUCCCGGUUCUGCUCUCUUUCUCGUCGUUUUCCCGGCCGUCAGCAGUGCCUUCAGGGUCUGGAUAUGAGGUCCUUAUUCAGAAGUUUUUGUCUAUUUACGGACACCAGAUCGACGUGCAUCGGAAAUUUAUGAUUCAGCUGUACUCGGACGAAUGGGGACAGUACAUAGAUUUACCCAAAGGAUUCAGCAUAGCUGUUAAAUGCAAGCUACGACUGGUGCCUUUGGAGUCAGACGUGACGACACUAGGAAACCUGUCCCCGUCCACCACCGCUUUCUUCUGCUGUGACAUGCAGGAGAGAUUUCGACCUGCCAUCAAGUAUUUUGGUGACAUAAUCAGCGUGGGACAGAGAAUGCUCCAGGGGGCUCGUAUUCUGGGAAUCCCGAUCAUCGUGUCGGAGCAGUAUCCCAAAGGUCUGGGCAGCACUGUCCAAGAGCUGGACCUGACGGGAGCGAAGCUGGUCUUCCCCAAGACCAAGUUCUCAAUGGUUCUUCCUGAGGUGGAGGCUGUUCUGGCAGAUCUACCAGCCAUCCGCAGCGUCGUGCUGUUUGGUGUAGAGACCCACGUGUGCAUCCAACAAACGGCUCUGGAUCUGAUUGGUCGAGGCUACGAGGUCCACAUCGUGGCUGACUCCACCUCGUCCCGCAGCAUGAUGGACAGGAUGUUUGCUCUGGAGAGAAUGGCUCGUGUGGGCAUCAUCAUCACCACCAGUGAGGCCGUCCUCCUGCAGCUGGUGGCAGACAAAGAGCACCCCAAGUUCAAAGAGGUUCAGAAUAUCAUCAAAGCUAGCGCUCCAGAGUCUGGUCUGCUCUCCAAGGUAUAGAAGAUUCCUCAAUCCUCAGAGGAGAUGGCAGGGACUGUUGAAUAUUUACACAGAAGACUCUUAAAAAUGAAAGAGGGUGAAAAGUGAACGCCAUCAUUUACUUGGAAACUUUCUUGCUGAGAUGUCAUGUAACUGAAGAUGCCUUGUUACUCCUGGAUACAUCCUGUUACUGUCUGUGGUAAUAUUUUUAACUCUUUGGGUGGAUGCAUAGCAUCAGCUGACUGCUUCCUAGCAAAUGUUACAGAUUAGGCUGUGUCAAUGGAAAAAAAAAUCCAACCUGAUUGGGAAAAAUUGUGUUGAGUGUUCAACCUGUAAAGGGACAGUCUUCCCAAAAUAGAAGAGAAGAGCAGAUAUUUCCAGACUAGGAGAAAAACAUCUGCUUCUCAGACUUCUGAGAUGAUUGGGAUAAUAGCAGAUUUUUUCCAGAAUUCUGAGAUAAUUACCUCGUUAAUUCAGAAAAACAGUUUUGUUUUGCUUUUUCAUGAAAACGUUUCCUGGAAAGUCCUUGUUUUUGGAAAGAGUUGUGGCUGUUGAGUUUUUUACAUGUACAUUUUUAAUGGUUUGACCUCCAUCCAACUCCAUUGUAUUGGGGUGCUGGUAGACAGCGAAGAUUGCAGAUAAACACAAACUGUGCCAAGUCUCACAGAAACUAUCUGAACAGAUAGAUCGCACUAGGAGUAGGUGGGAAAACAUCUUCUUUUUGUAUAUUUGGGUGAACUGUCCCUUUCAAAGUAUGCAGUUAUGCAAUUUGGUUUGACCAUAUUAGUUGUACUGGAGUGCACAAUGUUUUAAAAAUAUGCAGCCCCGGAGAGGCCAUUGACAUUUUUUAUGUAUUUAAUUUUGUGCGCACAAAAUCCUAAAUCAUGUCCACAAUUUCAGCUCUAUGAAAAUGUAGCCACAUUUUGGUUUGAUUUUACUCUCAGCUAAAGAAAACAUGUCCUGACAGCAGCCAUCUGUGUUGCCUGAAUCCUUUGAUGAAGGUGUACUUUGACAUGGGGAUGUGUUACAGAGACACGUUCACGUCUUCAUAGUGAGCAGGAGGAUGCUAACGGUGCAUGAACUCUACCAGCAUCAACACUGAUUUGGAUCAAGUCAUUGAAUUUAGUGUAAACCAACUGCAAGGCAAUGUCAGACUGCAUGACUAUAGAUGGAUAUACACAGAGUUUACAGGAGGGUAUCUGAAUUUUUAAUGUAAUAUGAACUGUUAUUAAAAUUCAUAUUAAAUCAUAUAAUUUAUUUAGAAUUUCCUGGCAACACAGAAGCACAUGCAGCAGCAGGACUCCAGUCCCUGACUUUGUGGGCACAUUUUCUUUAGACCAGAGCACAAAUUAUACAAAACGUGGGCACAAUUUCAUGAAUUUCACAGCUUGAAAUAAGUAAGUUGUCUGCACAAAUUAGGAUUUCAUGACCGAUUGGGUAUUUUGUGAGCUUGAUUUAGUACAUUGCGCACAUGAAAAAGGUUUAAAAAAAAUCUGUUGCCUCUUGGGGGCUGUGUAGAUUUAGCUACAACACUGGAUGUUUAUUGUAGAUGCACCAGGCUGGACUGAAUGAUGUCCUUUUAGAAGGCUGCCAUCUUUGUAAAACAUAGUCUCAGCCUUUUCAAUAAUGAGUAGAUUCACCUUCAGCAAGCAUUUAUUUGUGUGGUACCAGUUAUAGACCCUUGUAUCGUCUGCCAUAUGUACUGUACAUGGUUUUCAACUGAAAGUAUGCUGAGACAGAGGGACGACUGGAGUCCGGGGUGAACACAGUCAACUCUCAGCCAAAUAAACAGAAAGUCGCUUGGUAUGUCGAUCCUGGAGCUCCACAUCCACAUAGCGCAACUGAUGCCAGACCCACUCUGCAAAUAUUCAUCAUUCAGCGCAACCACAAUUAGUCUGCAGCAAAGGGAUUUGUUUUUAAGACCCAUGCUGGGGCUGGCCAAGGAUAUUAUAUCGAUAACAUGAUAUAAGACUAACUAUUGUGUGAAAUUUUGAAUAUUGUGAUAUGGCAUCAGCUUUAAAGGCUUUACAUGCUGCAUAACAGUACUGGGAUGCAAUUUUCUGA